CAACGGCCCCGCGCCGCCGCCAGGGGGCGCCGCGGUGCGGCGGAGCCAAGAUGGCGGACUACGAGGCCGUGCAACGCGGGCCGCUGCGGCUGAAGGGCGGCGGCGCGGGGCUGGGGGCCGGCAAGCGGAAGAAGAAAAAGGCGAAGGACAAAGCCCAGAUCCUGGAGCAGAUCGUGAGCAGCAAGAAGCAGGAGGAGGAGAAGAAGCGCGGCCUGGACAAGCGGACCCCGGCGCAGGUGGCGUACGAGAAGAUGCAGGAGAAGCGGCAAAUGGAGAGGAUCCUGAAGAAGGCGUCUAAAACCCAUAAGCAGAGGGUGGAGGACUUCAACAGGCACUUGGAUACUCUGACUGAGCAUUACGACAUUCCUAAAGUCAGCUGGACUAAGUGAAUGGGCCGCUUUUCAAGGCUUUGGAUCAGGAGUUGUACUUUGUUUGUAUUGAACAGGGUUGCUGUGUAAAUCUGUGUAUUCUCCAUAUUGAAUGUUUAAUAUAUCUUCUGAGCAUUUAUGACUUUACUGUCUUAUUUCUUGGUUUUGUUUUUUUAAAACCAAAUAUUCAACAAAGUCUCUUCUUGGCUGAUGAGCUCUGGUUUAUGGAGGUGCAGAGGCUAUUUUUUUUUAGUGCAUAAAGCGAGGGAAAGGCCAAAAUCAAUCACAGUGAGCCAGCUGGAAAAUGUUCCUUUGAUGCUAACAGUUCUUUGUUUCGGAAAUGAAGAGUUUGACGGUCUCACAUAGAGUAAGCUUCUCUUGUAAGUUAUAGGAAUUGUGUGAUUUUUCCUAUCUAGAGUUCUUUCAGAGCUGGUGGGUCUGUUGUAACUUGUAACUUCGAUGUAAUUUCUUAUUAAAACGCUGCUUUUAUCCUUUUUUUGGUGCUGAUUUACCUAUAAAACCAGGGCUUGUGCACUGACGAAA